AUGGAUAUCUACACCCUAUAUAACCUUAUUUAUUCUUGUUGUUGUGUCGAUGCUUUUUCUGUGCUUAUUUCUAAAGCAGCUCAAGAGAAGAAAAUUAGUGGAGCAAAAUAUACCGCUACUCUACAGGAAUGCUCUAAAAUUGCUGAUAUUAUCAGUAUCUAUGAGAGAGCUUUGAGUCAGAAAGUUAAUUUGAGUAAGACGGAGGUUGCUUUCAGCAAAUGUGUUUCAGUUGAGAGAAGGAGUGCUAUCAUUGAGACCCUUGGUGUAAGAGAGGUUGAGAGACAUGAAAAAUAUUUGGGGUUACCAACAAUAAUUGGUAAGUCCAAAAAAAGCUAUUUUUGCCUGCUUGAAAGAAAGAAUAUGGAAGAAUUGAAUGGGUGGAAGGAGAGAUUGAUGUCUAAAUCAGGUAAGGAGGUUCUUAUAAAAGUCGUAGCUCAAGCCAUUCCCACGUAUAUGUUGAGUGUGUUCAAGAUUCCGGAGGGACUUAUUGAUGAAAUUCAUACCCUUCUUUGUAGAUUUUGGUGGGGAUCGAGGGAGGGUGAGAAGAGGUUGCAUUGGCAAGUUGGGAAAAGCUCUGUGCACCUAAGAAAUUGGGUGGCAUAA